AUGAACGCGUCAGGGCGGCUGCCGGCGGGGGGCCAGGAGGAGCCCCCCGGGGCCUCGCUGCUGCCGCUGGGCCGGAACGGCAGCGCCACGGACCCUCGGGAGGGGACCCACGCCGUCACCUUGGCGGCCUGCGCCUCCCUGCUGGCUCUGGUCUUCUGCCUUGGUUCCUACGGCAACCUCAUCGUCCUCCUGUCCUUCUUCGACCCGGCCCUCAGGAAAUUCAGGACCAACUUCGACUUCAUGAUCCUCAACCUCUCCUUCUGUGACCUCUUCAUCUGCGGGGUGGCCGCCCCCAUGUUCGCCUUCGUCCUCUUCUUCGACUCGGGCCGAGGUGUCCCGGGUGCCUUCUGCUUCACCUUCCACCUCACCAGCUCUGGGUUCAUCAUCAUGUCACUCAAGACGGUGGCGGUCAUUGCCCUGCACCGGCUGCGCAUGGUGCUGGGGAAGCAGCCGCACCGCGCUGCCUCUUUCCCCUGCACCUUCCUCCUCACCCUGCUCCUCUGGGCCACCAGCUUCACCCUGGCCACCUUGGCCACCCUGAAGACCCGCAGCUCCCGGCUCUGCCUGCCCAUGUCUAGCUUCGCCAGUGGUGAGGGGAAAGUCAUCCUCUACCUCUAUGUCACCGAUUUCAUCUGCUGCGUGGCUGUGGUGUCCGUCUCCUAUGUCAUGAUCGCCCAGGCCCUGCGGAGGAAUGCCCAGGUGAGGAAGUGCCCGCCUGCGGUGGCUGUGAAUGCCUCCAGACCGCAGCCCUUUGCGGGGCCACCAGCCGCCGGGGAGGGAGGCUGUGUCCAGACUGCCGUGCCUGCCUUGUACAGGAACCAGGGCUACAGCAAGCCGCAGCACCUCCAGACGCAUGGCUACACCAAACACCUCAGCCAGCCACCAGCCACCUCUGCUGGCCGGCUCCAGCUGGUGUCGGCGGUCAACCUGUCCACAGCCAAGGACUCCAAAGCAGUGGUGACCUGUGUUGUCAUCGUGCUCUCUGUUCUGGUUUGCUGCUUGCCUCUGGGCAUUUCUUUGAUGCAGGACAUGCUGUCCAGCAGCAGUGGCUUUGUUCUCUACCAGUUUGAGCUCUGUGGAUUUACCCUCAUUUUUUUCAAAUCUGGAUUGAAUCCUUUUAUAUAUUCCCGCAACAGUGCUGGACUGAGGAGACGAGUCCUCUGGUGUCUGCAGUACGUAGCUGUUGUCUUUUUCUGCUGCAAGCAGAAGACAAGGCUUCAGGCCAUGGGCAAGGGCAGCCUGGAAGUCAACAGGAACAAGUCAUCCCACCACGAAACCAAUUCAGCCUACGUGUUGUCUCCAAAACCUCAGAAAAAGAUUAUGGACCAAGCCUGUGCUCCUACCCACUCCAAGGAAAGCGUGCUGAGUCCCAAGGCUUCUGUCAGGCAUCAGCACUACGCACAGAGCAGCUCAACCCCCAUGAACACCCGAAUUGAACCCUAUUACAGUAUCUAUAACAGCAGCCCUUCCCAGGAAGGGAGCACCCCCAACAGCGUACAGCCGGUGAGCUCAGCUUUCGGGUUUGCCAAGUCCUACGUUGCCAUGCAUUAUCACGCUACCAGCGACCCGCGGCGGGACUGCCACACCGCCUCGACGAAGCAGAUCCCAGUGCCCUCAGUGUAACCUGAGGAGAGGGUUCUGAGCUAGCUGAGGGGCUAGCUUCCUUUUCUUAAUGGUUAUUUUGAACUCAGAGACACGGUGCUGCUGUACUACUGCCAAUUAAGAAAAAUGCCACAAUAUCCAAUUGCAUUUGAAGUGAAUGCUGGGGUAUCACUUCCACGGCUCGCUCUUGAAUUUCUGUGGCUAGUCUUUUAGAUUUGUAUAUGGCAUUGUUACCUGAGGGUGGUUUUGUUACUCAGUUUUACUGCAGAACAAGUAAAAAUAAAUAAGCAUUAUAACUGUGUGAUUUGCUACAUCAUAAGGCAGAAUACCUUGGAGAAUGA